AGAAUCAUAGGAAGAAGACACCACCAGAUCUGAGCAACACGACCGUCGACCAUGACACUGACCAUUUUUUUCAUUUGCAUUUUUUAGAUGUACUCACAAGCAUUUGUGUAACUAUAGUAUAUGUUUCAAUCAUAAUAAUACACUAUCAUUAUACAUAAUAAACUAUUUUUGUAUGAAUAUUCUUAUCUUUUUUCACAAAGCAGUUAGACAACAACCUCUUACACUUACAAGCAUGUGAUAGAAAAGACAACAUAAAGUGAACAAUAAUUCCAACUAGCCAGCCAUUCUUGUGCAAGAUAUUUUUUUGUACCAAGAAAGCAACUCCAUUUUUAGAAAUUUUUUUUUUUAUUUUUGUUUUUUUCUUGUGAACUGUAUUCCAAACCCAGGGUCAUUUUUAUUGCAUUAUUUACUUGAAGAUAAGUGUGUCUUAAAAACUAGAACUUGGGCCUUUGAAUACAAGAACAUAGGUGAAAUCAUUCUUCAUUAGCUUGUGUUGGUUUAUAGUUUGUUCCUAAACUAAACCACAAAAAGAUAAUGAGAUUGACACAGGUUGUGUUGGUUUUGCUUUGGUUUCUUGGUGUUUAUGUCCCUGCUUCUUUUUGUGCCAAUGUUACCUAUGAUCAUAGAGCAUUGGUUAUUGAUGGUAAACGAAGGGUCCUCAUUUCUGGUUCUAUUCAUUAUCCUCGUAGCACUCCACAGAUGUGGCCGGACCUUAUUCAGAAAUCCAAAGAUGGAGGAAUUGAUGUCAUUGAGACUUAUGUUUUCUGGAACUUACACGAACCCGUUCGAGGCCAGUAUAAUUUUGAAGGUAGGGGGGAUUUGGUUGGAUUUGUGAAGGCAGUAGCUGCAGCAGGUCUAUAUGUUCAUCUCCGGAUCGGUCCAUACGCGUGUGCGGAAUGGAAUUACGGCGGUUUCCCUCUUUGGUUGCAUUUUAUUCCGGGAAUUAAAUUCAGAACUGAUAAUGAACCAUUCAAGGCAGAAAUGAAGCGGUUUACUGCAAAGAUUGUGGACUUGAUGAAGCGAGAGAAUCUCUAUGCAUCACAAGGAGGACCAAUCAUUUUAUCUCAGAUUGAAAAUGAGUAUGGAAACGUUGAUAUACACUAUGGUCCUGCUGGUAAAUCUUACAUCAAUUGGGCAGCAUCAAUGGCUACAUCUCUUGAUACAGGUGUUCCCUGGGUUAUGUGCCAGCAAGUAAAUGCGCCUGAUCCAAUUAUUAACGCGUGCAAUGGAUUUUACUGUGAUCAAUUCACACCAAACUCUGACGAGAAACCGAAAACUUGGACUGAGAAUUAUAGUGGAUGGUUUUUUGCAUUUGGAGAGGCUGUGCCUUAUAGACCUGUGGAAGAUCUUGCAUUUGCUGUGGCACGCUUUUUUCAGCGUGGUGGAACUUUUCAGAAUUACUACAUGUACCAUGGAGGGACUAACUUUGGCCGGACAACUGGCGGACCGUUCGUUUCCACUAGUUAUGAUUAUGAUGCCCCCAUUGAUGAGUAUGGAAUUAUUAGACAGCCCAAAUGGGGCCAUCUUAAAGAUUUGCAUAAGGCCAUAAAGCUUUGUGAAGAAGCACUGAUAGCUACUGAUCCAACAAUUUCAUCUCCUGGUCCAAAUCUAGAGACUGCAGUUUACAAGACAGGAGAUGUAUGCGUCGCCUUCCUUGCCAACAUCGGUACGACCGAUUCAACUGUAACAUUUAACGGCAAUUCAUAUCAUUUGCCUGGAUGGUCUGUGAGCAUCUUACCAGAUUGCAGAAGUGUUAUUCUAAAUACUGCAAAGAUUAAUUCCGUGUCUAUGACUUCAAGCUUCGCAACUGAAUCUUUAAAAGAAGAGGUUGAUUCUUUGGACAGUUCAAGUUCGAGAUGGAGUUGGAUCAGCGAACCGGUCGGUAUUUCAAAGCCUGAUGCAUUCUCAAAAUAUGGACUACUUGAACAAAUAAACACGACAGCUGAUAGAAGUGACUACUUGUGGUACUCAUUAAGCAUUGUUGUUGAAGAUAAUGCUGGUGCUCAACCUGUUCUUCACAUUAAAUCCCUUGGUCACGCCCUUCAUGCUUUUAUAAAUGGAAAACUUGCAGGUAGUGGAACAGGAAACAAAGGAAAGGCCAAGGUGAAGGUGGACAUCCCUAUUACACUUGUAGCUGGAAAGAACACAAUUGAUCUCCUGAGUUUAACAGUGGGAUUACAGAACUAUGGAGCAUUUUAUGACAGAGUGGGUGCGGGGAUCACUGGUCCGGUAAUAUUGAAAGGUUUAAAAAAUGGCAGUACCGUUGAUCUCUCGUCCCAUCAGUGGACAUAUCAGGUGGGACUUCAGGGUGAAGAUUUAGGUCUGUCUAGUGGAAGUGUUGGACAGUGGAAUUCACAAUCCAACUUACCUACAAAUCAACCAUUAACUUGGUACAAGACGAAAUUUGUCGCCCCUUCCGGAAGUAACCCUGUUGCAAUUGACUUCACGGGGAUGGGAAAAGGCGAAGCUUGGGUGAACGGACAGAGCAUUGGGCGAUACUGGCCAACAUACAUCGCUUCAAAAUCUGGUUGUACUGACUCAUGCAAUUAUAGAGGAUCCUAUAAUUCAUCGAAAUGUCUCAAAAACUGUGGAAAGCCAUCACAGACAUUAUAUCAUGUACCGCGAUCGUGGUUGCAACCAGACAGCAACAUUCUUGUAUUAUUUGAGGAAAGUGGAGGCGACCCUAGAAAAAUAUCAUUUGGUACAAAACAGAUAGAAAGUGUGUGUUCACAUGUAUCUGAGUCUCACCCUCCACCUAUAGACAGGUGGUAUUCGGAUACGGAAAGAAAGAUUGGUCCUGUAAUGUCACUGGAGUGCCCUUAUCCUAAUCAGGUGAUCUCUUCUAUUAAGUUUGCAAGCUUUGGAACUCCUCAUGGAACAUGCGGAAACUUCAACCACGGACACUGCAGCAGCAAUAAGGCUCUAUCCAUUGUGCAGAAGGCCUGCAUUGGAUCAAGCAGUUGUAGUAUUGGAGUAUCAAUUGAUACAUUUGGAAAUCCAUGCAAUGGAGUAACCAAGAGUUUAGCUGUUGAAGCUACUUGUACAUAGACAUGUCGCUUCUCUAGCCCGAGUAAGAUGGAAUUAUAGUUGUAAAUUAGAUGGGAAUGUCAAUGCAAAACAGUCGUUACAAUAAAAGAAGAUCUGAUUUGAAAAGAAUGAAGUGAUCUCUAGUGCCUAUAUGUUAUGAUACUAUUUUUACUCUAGACUCAUGAGUUUGGUCUAACAAUUCAAGAAGCUAUUCUCAAUUCUCAUACAUGAGUGAAGGACUAAAAAUAUAUUUAAACUUUAUAUUUUUUUCAUCAAGAAAAUGAGAUCCGCUUUGGGCAAAUUGAAACUCCAUUUUUUGUGGCACUGCUAUAUUUUGUGGGCGUUAGUCUUCUUUGUCAACCCGUUUUUAUUUUUUAGACUCUCUAUUCGCAUUGUUUGUGAUAUUGGGUGUCUAGUUUGUCAACCCAUUUUUUCUUCUCUUUUUUACGUGUAAUUAUGUCAAAUCAAGUCA